UUACCAGAGCGCGCUAUUUGUUGCUAUAAAUAAUCAGUUCAUAUAAUGAGAUCCUUCCACAGUGUUCCGCGAUAGUGAAUUUCGCUUGUUUUUCCCGUCGUCUUUUGUUUGUUUUUUAAAUAGUACGCAAUUUUAUUAAAUAGUGUCGCAAACACGCUUUCAAUAAUAUUUUUCACCUUCGAAUUGCGACUUGUUUUUCUAGUUUUCCCAUAAAAUCCUACCACUAUCGAUUCGAAGCCAGUUUAACUGGCCAACUAUUGCUCGAGCGACUCUAUUACGCGAUUAAUUAUUUAGGAACAAGUGAAUUGUGCAUUAUGGAAUAUCUGUGCCGGUCUAGAGCGUGUUUAUCAGCGGCUGGAAGAAGGUGCUUCGCAGAUUCCUCCAGUCCGGACAGCCUUAAAAUGCAUGCCAAAACGGUGAUUUUGACCCAGUGGAAGCUGAUUAACCACCUGAAAUCCUACCUGGCUAAACUCACCAGCGACACUGGUUUUGAGAACGCCUUGAACAGGGAAUUCGCCCACUUUUUGCAAAAGGUUGACCCGAAAACAUACGGCAAGUUGGGGGUCUCCGCUGCCUCCUUGGAGCCCAAGCAAGUGCAGGAGAUCGGCCCAAAUGAGCCGGAGAGGAGUGGCCUUUCAUUUCCCAGUGUUUUCGGUAAAAUGUUCAAGGAUAACGAGCCGAAACAAGUGCCUGAACCGAAGUGGAAAACUGCCAAGCCAUCCAUAUCGAAGGAAUCGGUUCUGUCCAGAACCACUCACGUCCUAACGGCUCUGGCCCUGGCCGACACAGAAGCGAUCAAGCUGGAGAGGAUGGAGGACUUAAUCAGCCACCUGAAACAGUACCCUGAAGCCAAACAUGGAGCUGUGAAGGAAGGGGCCGUGCGGUUGCUUUUGCGAAUCAAGCGAAAGCACAAAGGCCUGGAAGCCCAAGGGGUGCUGAACGAAGCCUUCGCCCUGCUGGGACAUGCAGGGCCAGUGGCAGGAAACGGGAUCAGGAUCCUGUCCAUUGAUGGCGGCGGAACCAGAGGAGUGCUGGUGAUCGAAAUGCUGAGGAAACUGGAAGAGUUGAGCGGCAAACCCGUCUAUGAGAUGUUUGACUUCAUUUGCGGCGUCAGCACUGGCGCGAUCCUGGGCUCGUUGAUCGGCCUAAAACAGCAUUCCCUGGACGAAGCAGACGAUAUUUACAAGCGACUUAGUUCGCAGAUUUUCACGCAAACCCCCUUUAAAGGAACGAGCAACUUGGUCCUAUCCCAGUCCUACUACGACACGGAACUAUGGGAGAAAAUGCUGAGCGAACAGUGGGACAAGACGCUGAUUGAAACCAACCGCAACCCAAAGUGUCCCAAGUAUUGUGCCGUGUCUGCAGUGGUAAACCAUUCGCGAAUCUCCGCCUAUUUGUUCAGAAACUACUCGUUGCCUUGGAGGGUGCAAAGUCAGUACAUUGGCGGAACCGAUCAUCAGGUGUGGGAGGCUGUUCGAGCGUCGUCGGCUGCGCCCACAUAUUUCGAAGAGUUCAAGAUAGGAAACAUGAUUCACCAGGAUGGCGGCAUUUUGGUCAACAAUCCCACGGCCAUUGCCGUGCACGAAGCCAAAUUGCUGUGGCCUUCGACGCCUAUACAGUGCGUUGUUUCCUUCGGAACGGGUCGAACUGUGCCCAAUCCAAUGGAAACUGUUGCGCCCACCUCAAGCAGUAGCACGUCGUGGAAGCACAAGUUUCUCGCAAUAUUGGACAGCGCCACUGACACCGAAGGUGUCCAUGCAAUGUUAUCCGAUUUACUACCAGAAGGAACCUACUACCGAUUCAAUCCGUACUUGACCGAGAUGUUCUCAAUGAGUGAAAUCGAGCCGAUGAAAUUCGAACAGUUGGAACGAGACGCCAUCAUGUACUUGCGACGAAAUGAAGACAAGUUUCAUGAUGCAGCGAAGAAAUUGAGCCAAAGCAAGAGCCUGAAGAAGAAGACCACUGACUGGUUGAACAUGCAAUGGCAAAUCUAUGCGUAGAACGCGGCUGCUUGGAAAAGAACCUGUGAUUAAAGUCAAUCUAUUUAUUUUUUUUAAUUAAUUUUAGAGGUUUAAAAAGGUUUUUCACUGUUCUCCCGUUUUUACUUUUCGGGCUGCAUUGAUAGUUUUCAGCCAUCUUUUUGAACGAACCGCGGGUGAAGAGUAAUUAUUUACAAACGUUUACUGUAUCCUUAGAGUAUCAACUGUUUGGGUAUAUUAACGACCAGAUUAAAAAGUAAUUCAACUGUUA